CUGCACAUCUUCACUCCAAUGGACGUGCAUCUCAUGCAGCUUCCAGGGUCCCCUGUGUUUAUGCUGUUGGUCUUGUCAGAACUAUGGGAGGAAGUAAUAUUCUUCUGGACUAAACACUGAAAAUGAUGGCAAGAAGGAAGUUGAAAAAAUUUACUUCACUGGAGAUUGUGCUCAGCGUUCUUUUGCUUAUAGUGUUCAUCAUUGCUGUUGUUCUAAUUGUGCUUUUAGCCACAGGCCCUGUGGAAUCAAAAGAUCCUGAGACAACUGGUACCCCGGUUCCUGAGACAACUGGUACCCCGGUUCCUGAGACAACUGGUACCCCGGUUCCUGAGACAACUGUUACUCUGGUUCCUGAGACAACUGGUACCCCAGUUCCUGAGACAACUGGUACCCUGGUUCCUGAGAAAACUAGUACCUCAGAUCCUGGGACAACAAGCACCACCCCUGAUUCUGCUGCCUGCCCAGUGGUAGAUGAAUUGGAACGGAUAAACUGCAUCCCUGACCAGCCACCAACACAGGCCACAUGUGACCAGCGUGGCUGCUGCUGGAAACCUCAGGGAGCCAUAAGUAUUCCUUGGUGCUACUAUUCCAAGAAUCAUGGCUACCAAAUGGAGGGCAAUCUUUUAAACACAAAUGCAGGAUUCACAGCCCAGUUGAAAGCUCUGCCUUCUUCAUCCUCGUUUGGAAAUGAUGUUGACAAUGUCUUUCUCACGGCAGAAUACCAGACAGCUAAUCGCUUUCACUUUAAGUUGACUGACCAAACCGAAAGCAGAUAUGAAGUACCCCAUGAACAUGUACAGCCCUUCAGUGGAAAUGCUGCUGCUUCUUUGAACUAUCAAGUUGAGGUCUCCAAACAGCCGUUUAGCAUCAAAGUGUCCAGAAGAAGCAACAGUCGUGUUCUGUUUGACUCAAGCAUUGGGCCCCUCCUGUUUGCAGAUCAGUUUCUGCAGCUCUCCAUCCGCCUGCCGAGUGCUAAUGUGUACGGUCUGGGGGAACAUGUGCAUCAACAAUACAGGCAUGACAUGAAUUGGAAGACCUGGCCCAUAUUUACCAGGGACACAGCUCCUAAUGGGGAUGGAACUAACUUGUAUGGUGCCCAGACAUUCUUCUUGUGCCUUGAAGAUGCUAGUGGAUUAUCCUUUGGGGUGUUUCUGAUGAACAGCAAUGCCAUGGAGGUUGCCCUCCAGCCAGCCCCAGCAAUCACUUACCGCACCAUUGGGGGCGUUCUUGACUUCUAUGUGUUCUUGGGAAAUACUCCAGAGCAAGUGGUUCAAGAAUAUCUAGAGCUCAUUGGACGGCCAGCCCUGCCUUCAUACUGGUCACUAGGAUUUCACCUCAGUCGGUACGAUUAUGGAACUUUGGAUAAGAUGAAAGAAGUUGUGGACAGAAACCGGGCAGCACAACUCCCUUAUGAUGUUCAGCAUGGUGAUAUUGAUUAUAUGGAUGAGAGGAAAGACUUCACUUAUGAUCCAGUGAACUAUAGAGGCUUCCCUGAUUUUGUUACAGAGUUACACAAUAAUGGACAGAAACUUGUCAUCAUUGUGGAUCCAGCCAUCUCCAACAACUCUUCCUCAAGUAAUCCCUAUGGGCCAUAUGACCGGGGCUCAGCAAUGAAGAUAUGGGUGAAUAGUUCAGAUGGACAGAACCCAAUUAUUGGAGAGGUCUGGCCUGGAAAUACCGUGUUUCCUGAUUACACCAAUCCCAGCUGUACUAUUUGGUGGACAAAGGAAUUUGAGCUUUUUUAUAAUCAAGUGGGGUUUGAUGGAAUCUGGAUUGAUAUGAAUGAAGUCUCCAACUUUGUUGAUGGUUCAGUCUCAGGGUGUUCCACAAACAAUCUCAAUUAUCCACCAUUCACUCCCCGAGUCCUAGAUGGGUACCUGUUCAGCAAGAGUCUCUGCAUGGAUGCAGUGCAGCAAUGGGGCCAGCAGUAUGAUGUCCACAACCUGUAUGGCUACUCCAUGGCCAUCGCCACAGCAGAAGCCGUCAAGACUGUGUUUCCAAGCAAGAGAAGUUUCAUCAUAACCCGUUCUACCUUUGCGGGAUCUGGCAAGUUUGCAGCCCAUUGGUUAGGAGACAAUGCAGCCACCUGGGACGACCUUCAGUGGUCCAUCCCUGGCAUGCUUGAGUUCAACCUUUUUGGUAUCCCAAUGGUGGGUGCAGAUAUUUGUGGCUUUGCGUUGAAUACCACUGAGGAGCUCUGCAGGCGGUGGAUGCAGUUGGGAGCAUUUUAUCCAUUUUCCAGAAAUCACAACGGCCAAGGCUUCAAGGACCAGGAUCCUGCCUCAUUUGGACCUGACUCCUUGCUGUUGAACUCCUCCAGGCACUACCUUAACAUCCGCUAUACUCUAUUGCCUUACCUCUACACACUCUUCUACUAUGCUCACAGCCGGGGGGACACAGUGGCCAGGCCCCUUCUGCAUGAGUUCUAUGGAGAUAGCAACACUUGGGAUGUGCACCGACAGUUUUUAUGGGGGCCAGGCCUCCUCAUCACUCCCGUUCUGGAAGCGGGUGCAGAGAAAGUGACAGCAUAUGUUCCUGAUGCAAUCUGGUAUGACUAUGAGACUGGGGGCCAACUGGAAUGGAGAAAGCAAAACGUUGAGAUGGAACUUCCUGGAGACAAGAUCGGACUUCAUCUACGAGGAGGCUACAUCUUCCCCACACAACAGCCCAGUACAACCACUAUGGCCAGUCGGCAAAAUCCUCUGGGUCUCAUCAUUGCCUUGGAUGAGAACAGAGAAGCAAAAGGAGAGCUCUUUUGGGAUGAUGGGGAAUCAAAUGAUACUGUGGUCAAUAACAUGUACCUUUUAUGUGAGUUUUCUGUCACCGAAAACCGCUUGGAUGUGAGGAUUUCUCAGUCAACCUACAAGGACCCUAAUAACUUAGCAUUUCAGGAGAUUAGAAUUCUCGGGAUACAGGAACUUGCCAAUGUUACUGUGAAACACAAUGGUGUCCUGACUCAAGCUUCUCCUAAUGUCACUUACGAUCCUAAUCUGAAGGUUGCCAUUAUCUCAGAAAUUAACCUUGUCCUGGGAGAAGCGUACACAGUGGAGUGGAGCACAAACAUAAGGGAUGAAGAAAAAAUAGACUGUUACCCCGAUGAGCAUGGCGUUUCUGAAGCAAACUGUGUUGCCCGUGGCUGCCUCUGGGAGGAAUCCAACUCUCCUGGGGUCCCUUAUUGCUAUUUUGUCAACGAUUUGUACUCGGUCAGCAAUGUUCAGUAUGACUCCCAUGGAGCCAGCGCUGACAUCUCCUUAAAGUCUUCUCUUCACACCAACGCCUUCCCCUCCACUCCCGUGAGCCCCCUCCGCCUGCAGGUGACCUACCAUAAGGAUGAAAUGCUGCAGUUUAAGAUUUUUGACCCCAACAACAAUCGCUAUGAGGUCCCAAUCCCACUGAACAUACCCCGGGUUCCAUCCAGCUCCUCUCAGAGUCGACUCUAUGACGUCCUCAUUAAGGAGAAUCCAUUUGGGAUUGUGGUUCGCCGGAAGAGCACAGGCACUGUAAUCUGGGACUCGCAGGUCCUGGGCUUCACCUUCAAUGACAUGUUCCUCCGCAUCUCCACCCGCCUGCCCUCCUCCUACAUCUAUGGCUUUGGGGAAACGGAGCACACAGCCUUUCGGAGAGACCUGAACUGGCACACGUGGGGCAUGUUUUCCCGAGACCAGCCCCCGGGGUACAAGAUGAAUUCCUAUGGUGUCCACCCCUACUACAUGGGACUCGAGGAGGAUGGCAGUGCCCACAGCGUGCUCCUGCUGAACAGCAAUGCCAUGGAUGUGACAUUCCAGCCCAUGCCUGCCCUGACAUACCGAACCACAGGGGGAAUUCUGGACUUUUAUGUGUUCUUGGGUCCAACUCCUGAGCUUGUCACUCAGCAGUACACUGAGGUUAUUGGUAGGGCUGUUAUGGUACCUUACUGGUCCCUGGGGUUCCAGCUCUGUCGCUAUGGAUAUGAGAAUGACACUGAGAUCUCGAACCUGUAUGAUGACAUGGUGGCUGCGCAGAUCCCCUAUGACGUGCAGUACUCAGACAUUGACUACAUGGAGCGGCAGCUGGACUUCACCCUCAGCCCCAAGUUUGCUGGGUUGCCAGAUCUGAUCAGUCGCAUGAAGGCCGAUGGGAUGCGGGUCAUCCUCAUUCUGGACCCAGCCAUUUCUGGCAAUGAGACGCAGCCCUACCCUACCUUCACUCGGGGUGUGGCUGAUGACGUCUUCAUCAAGUAUCCCAAUGAUGGAGGCAUUGUGUGGGGAAAGGUCUGGCCUGAUUAUCCUGAUGUUGUUGUUAACAACUCUCUAGACUGGGACAGUCAAGUGGAGCAAUACCGAGCUUACGUGGCCUUCCCAGACUUUUUCCGUAACUCAACUGUCCUGUGGUGGAAGAGGGAAAUUGAAGAGCUCUACAGCAACCCACGGAAUCCAGAGCAGAGCUUGAAGUUUGACGGCAUGUGGAUUGAUAUGAAUGAACCUGCGAGCUUUGUGAACGGAGCUGUCCCAUCAGGCUGCACAGAUGGAACUCUGAACCAUCCUCCCUACAUGCCAUAUUUGGAGGCCAGAGACAGGGGCCUAAGCAGCAAAACCCUGUGCAUGGAGAGUGAGCAGAUCCUUCCCGAUGGCUCCAAAGUGCGUCACUAUGACGUGCACAGCCUGUAUGGAUGGUCCCAGACCAGGCCCACCUAUGAAGCUGUGCAGGAGGUGACAGGACAGCGAGGAAUCGUCAUCACCCGCUCCACAUUCCCCUCUUCUGGCCGCUGGGCAGGACACUGGCUGGGGGACAACACGGCCGCGUGGGACCAGCUGAGGAAAUCUAUCAUUGGCCUGUUUUGUUCUGUCUUGUUUCAGACAGGGGCAGAUAUCUGUGGGUUCUUUCAAGAUGCUGAGUAUGAGAUGUGUGCUCGCUGGAUGCAGCUGGGGGCCUUUUACCCCUUCUCCAGGAACCACAACACUAUAGGCACCAGGAGACAAGACCCUGUGUCGUGGGAUGCUGCCUUUGUGAAUAUUUCCAAAAGUGUGCUGGAGACCAGAUACACCCUGCUGCCAUACCUCUAUACCUUGAUGUACAAGGCCCACAUGGAGGGCAUCACUGUCGUGCGGCCUCUUCUCCAUGAGUUUGUGUCAGACCGGGUGACGUGGGAUGUAGACAGUCAGUUCCUGCUGGGCCCUGCCUUGCUGGUCAGCCCUGUCCUGGAGGCUAAUGUCAGAAACGUCAAUGCUUAUUUCCCUGAAGCCCGCUGGUAUGAUUACUACACGGGUGUGGACAUUAAUGCAGGGGGACAGUGGAAGGACUUGCCAGCCCCUCUGGACCACAUUAAUCUUCACGUGCGUGGAGGCUACAUCCUGCCCUUGCAGGAGCCUGCACGGAACACUCACUUAAGCCGGAAGAAUCCUCUUGGUCUCCUCAUUGCCCUGGAUGAGAACAAAGAAGCAAGAGGGGAGCUCUUCUGGGAUGAUGGUGAAUCAAAUGAUACUGUGGCCAAUAAUGUUUACCUUUUAUGUGAGUUUUCUGCCACCCAAAACCGCCUGGAUGUGAAGAUCUCUCAGUCAACCUACAGGGACCCCAAUAACUUAACAUUUCAGGAGAUUAGAAUACUCGGCACAGAGGAACCUGCCAAUGUCACCGUGAAACACAAUGGUGUCCUGACUCAAGCUUUGCCUAAUGUCACUUAUGAUGUUAUUCUGAAGGUUGCCAUUAUCUCAGAUCUUAGUCUUGUCCUGGGAGAAGCAUACACGGUGGAGUGGAGCACAAACAUAAAGGAUGUAGAAAAAAUAGACUGUUACCCCGAUGAGCAUGGCGUUUCUGAAGCAAACUGCCUUGCCCGUGGCUGCGUCUGGGAGGAAUCCAGCUCUCCUGGGGUCCCUUAUUGCUAUUUUGUCAACGAUUUGUACUCGGUCAGCAAUGUUCAAUAUGACUCCCAUGGAGCCAGCGCUGACAUCUCCUUAAAGUCUUCUCUUCACACCAACGCCUUCCCCUCCACUCCCGUGAGCCCUCUCCGCCUGCAGGUGACCUACCAUAAGGAUGAAAUGCUGCAGUUCAAGAUUUAUGACCCCAACAACAUUCGUUAUGAAGUGCCAGUCCCUCUGAAUAUACCCAAGGUGCCCUCCAGCACCUCCGAGAGGCGGCUCUAUGAUGUCCUCAUUACGAAGAAUCCGUUUGGGGUAGUUAUUCGCCGGAAGAGUACAGGCACUGUAAUCUGGGACUCGCAGGUCCUGGGCUUCACCUUCAAUGACAUGUUCCUCCGCAUCUCCACCCGCCUGCCCUCCUCCUACAUCUAUGGCUUUGGGGAAACGGAGCACACAGCCUUUCGGAGAGACCUGAACUGGCACACGUGGGGCAUGUUUUCCCGAGACCAGCCCCCGGGGUACAAGAUGAAUUCCUAUGGUGUCCACCCCUACUACAUGGGACUCGAGGAGGAUGGCAGUGCCCACAGCGUGCUCCUGCUGAACAGCAAUGCCAUGGACGUGACAUUCCAGCCCAUGCCUGCCCUGACAUACCGCACCACAGGGGGAGUUCUGGACUUUUAUGUGUUCUUGGGCCCAACUCCAGAGCUUGUCACUCAGCAGUACACCGAGGUGAUUGGUCGGCCUGUGAUGGUGCCUUACUGGGCCCUGGGGUUCCAGCUGUGUCGCUAUGGAUAUGAGAAUGACUCUGAGAUUGCCAGUCUGUAUGAUGACAUGGUGGCUGCCAAGAUCCCCUAUGACGUGCAGUACUCAGACAUCGACUACAUGGAGCGGCAGCUGGACUUCACCCUCAGCCCCAAGUUUGCUGGGUUGCCAGAUCUGAUCAAUCGCAUGAAGGCCGAUGGGAUGCGGGUCAUCCUCAUUCUGGACCCAGCCAUUUCUGGCAAUGAGACGCAGCCCUACCCUGCCUUCACUCGGGGUGUGGCUGAUGACGUCUUCAUCAAGUAUCCCAAUGAUGGAGGCAUUGUGUGGGGAAAGGUCUGGCCUGAUUUCCCUGAUAUUGUCAUUGACCCCUCUCUCGACUGGGACAGUCAAGUGGAGCAAUACCGAGCUUACGUGGCCUUCCCAGACUUUUUCCGUAACUCAACUGUCCUGUGGUGGAAGAGGGAAAUUGAAGAGCUCUACAACAACCCACGGAAUCCAGAGCAGAGCUUGAAGUUUGACGGCAUGUGGAUUGAUAUGAAUGAACCUGCGAGCUUUGUGAAUGGAGCCGUCCCUUCAGGCUGCACAGAUGCAACUCUGAAUCGUCCUCCCUACAUGCCAUAUUUGGAGGCCAGGGACAGGGGCCUAAGCAGCAAGACCCUGUGCAUGGAGAGUGAGCAGAUCCUUCCCGAUGGCUCCAGAGUACGUCACUACGAUGUGCACAGCCUGUAUGGAUGGUCCCAGACCAGGCCCACCUAUGAAGCUGUGCAGGAGGUGACAGGACAGCGAGGAAUCGUCAUCACCCGCUCCACAUUCCCCUCUUCUGGCCGCUGGGCAGGACACUGGCUGGGGGACAACACGGCCGCGUGGGACCAGCUGAGGAAAUCUAUCAUUGGCAUGAUGGAGUUCAGCCUCUUCGGCAUAUCCUAUACAGGGGCAGAUAUCUGUGGGUUCUUUCAAGAUGCUGAGUAUGAGAUGUGUGCUCGCUGGAUGCAGCUGGGGGCCUUUUACCCUUUCUCCAGGAACCACAACACCAUUGGCACCAGGAGACAAGACCCUGUGUCGUGGGAUGCUGCCUUUGUGAAUAUUUCCAAAAGUGUGCUGGAGACUAGAUACACCCUGCUGCCGUACCUCUAUACCUUGAUGUACAAGGCCCACACAGAGGGCAUCACUGUCGUGAGGCCUCUUCUCCAUGAGUUUGUGUCAGACCGGGUGACGUGGGAUGUAGACAGUCAGUUCCUGCUGGGCCCUGCCUUGCUGGUCAGCCCUGUCCUGGAGGCUAAUGCCAGAAAUGUCACCACAUAUUUCCCUGCAGCCCGCUGGUAUGAUUACUACUCAGGUGUUGACGUUAAUGCAAGGGGGCAGUGGAAGGACUUGCCAGCCCCUCUGGACCACAUUAAUCUUCAUGUACGUGGGGGCUACAUCCUGCCCUUGCAGGAGCCUGCGCAGAACACUAACCUAAGUCGGAAGAAUCCUCUUGGUCUCCUCAUUGCCCUGGAUGAGAACAAAGAAGCAAGAGGGGAGCUCUUCUGGGAUGAUGGUGAAUCAAAUGAUACUGUGGCCAAUAAUGUUUACCUUUUGUGUGAGUUUUCUGCCACCCAAAACCGCUUGGAUGUGACAAUUUCUCAGUCAGCCUACCAAGACCCCAAUAACUUAGCAUUUCAGGAGAUUAGAAUACUCGGGACAGAGGAACCUGCCAAUGUUACCGUGAAACACAAUGGUGUCCUGAUUCAAGCUUCUCCUAACGUCACUUAUGAUCCUAAUUUGAAGGUUGCCAUUAUCUCAGAAAUUAAUCUUGUCCUGGGAGAAGCAUACACAGUGGAGUGGAGCACAAACAUAAGGGAUGAAGAAAAAAUAGACUGUUACCCUGAUGAGCAUGGCUCUUCUGAAGCGAACUGCAUUGCCCGUGGCUGCGUCUGGGAGGAAUCCAGUUCUCCUGGGGUCCCUUAUUGUUAUUUUGUCAACGAUUUGUACUCGGUCAGCAAUGUUCAGUAUGACUCCCAUGGAGCCAGCGCUGAGAUCUCCUUAAAGUCUUCUCUUUACACCAACGCCUUCCCCUCCACUCCCGUGAGCCCCCUCCGCCUGCAGGUGACCUACCAUAAGGAUGAAAUGCUGCAGUUCAAGAUUUAUGACCCCAACAACAAUCGUUAUGAAGUCCCAAUCCCUCUGAACAUACCCAAGGUUCCAUCUAGCACCGCUAAGAGCCAGCUCUAUGAUGUCCUCAUUACAAAGAAUCCAUUUGGUAUUGUGAUUCGCCGGAAGAGUACAGGCACUAUAAUUUGGGACUCGCAGGUCCUGGGCUUCAUCUUCAAUGACAUGUUCCUCCGCAUCUCCACCCGCCUGCCCUCCUCCUACAUCUAUGGCUUUGGGGAAACGGAGCACACAGCCUUUCGGAGAGACCUGAACUGGCACACGUGGGGCAUGUUUUCCCGAGACCAGCCUCCAGGGUUCAAGAUGAAUUCCUAUGGUGUCCACCCCUACUACAUGGGACUCGAGGAGGAUGGCAGUGCCCAUGGUGUGCUCCUGCUGAACAGCAAUGCCAUGGUUCUGGACUUCUAUGUGUUCUUGGGCCCAACUCCAGAGCUUGUCACUCAGCAGUACACUGAGGUGAUUGGUCGGCCUGUGAUGGUGCCUUACUGGGCCCUGGGGUUCCAGCUGUGUCGCUAUGGAUAUGAGAAUGACUCUGAGAUCGCCAGCCUGUAUGAUGUGCAGUACUCAGACAUCGACUACAUGGAGCGGCAGCUGGACUUCACUCUCAGCCCCAAGUUUGCUGGGUUGCCAGAUCUGAUCGAUCGCAUGAAGGCCGAUGGGAUGCGGGUCAUCCUCAUUCUGGACCCAGCCAUUUCUGGCAAUGAGACGCAGCCCUACCCUGCCUUCACUCGGGGUGUGGCUGAUGACGUCUUCAUCAAGUAUCCCAAUGAUGGAGGCAUUGUGUGGGGAAAGGUCUGGCCUGAUUUCCCUGAUAUUGUCAUUGACCCCUCUCUCGACUGGGACAGUCAAGUGGAGCAAUACCGCGCUUAUGUGGCCUUCCCAGACUUUUUCCGUAACUCAACUGUCCUGUGGUGGAAGAGGGAAAUUAAAGAGCUCUACAGCAACCCACGGAAUCCAGAGCAGAGCUUGAAGUUUGACGGCAUGUGGAUUGAUAUGAAUGAACCUGCGAGCUUUGUGAAUGGAGCCGUCCCUUCAGGCUGCACAGAUGCAACUCUGAAUCGUCCUCCCUACAUGCCAUAUUUGGAGGCCAGGGACAGGGGCCUAAGCAGCAAGACCCUGUGCAUGGAGAGUGAGCAGAUCCUUCCAGAUGGCUCCAGAGUACGUCACUACGAUGUGCACAGCCUGUAUGGAUGGUCCCAGACCAGGCCCACCUAUGAAGCUGUGCAGGAGGUGACAGGACAGCGAGGAAUCGUCAUCACCCGCUCCACAUUCCCCUCUUCUGGCCGCUGGGCAGGACACUGGCUGGGGGACAACACGGCCGCGUGGGACCAGCUGAGGAAAUCUAUCAUUGGCAUGAUGGAGUUCAGCCUCUUUGGCAUAUCCUAUACAGGGGCAGAUAUCUGUGGGUUCUUUCAAGAUGCUGAGUAUGAGAUGUGUGCUCGCUGGAUGCAGCUGGGGGCCUUUUACCCGUUCUCCAGGAACCACAACACCAUUGGCACCAGGAGACAAGACCCUGUGUCCUGGGACGCUGCCUUCGUGAAUAUUUCCAAAAAUGUGCUGGAGACCAGAUACACCCUGCUGCCGUACCUCUAUACCUUGAUGUACAAGGCUCACGUGGAGGGCAUCACUGUUGUGAGGCCUCUUCUCUAUGAAUUUGUAUCAGACCGGGUGACCUGGGAUAUAGACAGACAGUUCCUUCUGGGCCCUGCUUUGCUGGUCAGCCCUGUCUUGGAUCCUAAUGCCAGAAAUGUCAACGCAUAUUUCCCUGAAGCCCGCUGGUAUGAUUACUACACAGGUGUGGACAUUAAUGCAAGGGAACAGUGGAAGGACUUGCCAGCCCCUCUUGAACACAUUAAUCUUCAUGUGCGUGGAGGCUACAUCCUGCCCUGGCAGCAGCCUGCACGGAACACUCACUUAAGCCGUCAGAAAUUCAUGGGCUUCAAGGUGGCCUUAGAUGAUGCGGGAACUGCUGAAGGAUGGCUUUUCUGGGAUGAUGGGCAGAGCAUUGAUUCCUAUGAAAAAGGACUCUAUUAUUUGGCCAGAUUUUCUGUCAUCCAGAAUACAAUGCAAAGCCAUGUAAUUUUAAACAAUUACAUCAUGGAUACAAACCCUUUGAUACUGGGCUACAUUGAAAUCUGGGGAGUGGGCAGUGCCUCUAUUAGCAGCGUGACCAUCUCUGUGAGGGACACGGAAACAACACUCCCUGUCAACUACAACCCUACAACACAGGUGUUAAGUGUUGAUGUGACCAGCAGAAGCAUCAGCCUGCAAGAUUUCAUUUCAUUGACAUGGAGAAGCUCUCUGUAAAUUUUUAGGGCAAGAUCCUAACUAUAAUGAUAAUUGUAUCAUUCACUGUAUGGAUAAAACAUUUUACUGAUUUUGUUGUAUAUUUUGUCUGUGAACCCUAAUGAUUAAAUAUUUGCUGUGAGGGAUAGGCAGUAGGAUUAUAUGAAAAAAAUCUAUGGUUAAUGUUCAUGAGUAAUUAGUAUAGUACAGAUUAUUCAUUAGAUGACAUUUACUGGAGAUGAGCUGUGCCUAGGAUGAAGUAUGUGUGUGUAUCCGUGUUUAUGUGUGUGUGAUCAUGCAGUGGGACCCUUCACUUGCUAAAGGCAGAACAGAAGGCUUACCAUGAUAGCUCCUGGUCUUGGAUCUAGCCAGUGCCUCAAGAAAGAAUCCAGAAAGAACAACUGCUCAUUGAUUGUAGGGAGGAGGAAACAACAUCUAGAGCAUGAUAUAAGGAGAAGAAAAGGCAGCUGAAGGAAAGGUGAGCAGGGAAGAUCUGAGGUAACAGAAGAUGAUGACAGCCGUGAUCACAAAUCAUCAGGAGCAGUGGCCCCAUGGAGAAGAGGAAAGAAGUCACCUCAUUUGAAAGGGAGAAGAGGAGCUUAAGGAAGUCAUUAGCACGAGAGAACAGGAUGAGACUUUUUUUUUCCUUUUAGUGAAGAUUCGAAUGUAUUUUUUUUUUUUUUUUAUUUUAAAAGUAAAAGGAGGAAAACAUGAAGCAGGCAAAGCUGAAGAAAAGGAGUUUGGAUGUAAAAAUAAUUUAUUUUCAGAGAUGUGCUUUGGAAUAUAUAAAUCUUAUUUCUCUACCCUGCCUAGUGUAUAUAACCACAUUUCACACAAACAAGUGCAGUUUAUACCAGAAAAAAAAUAAAUAAAUUUGCAAGAAA